GGGCCGGGGCCGCGCGCGCGACGCCGCCAGCUUCCCUCGCCAGGACGCGGCUCGCGCCCCGGCCGAGGCGGCCGCUCCCGCGGGCGUGGAGGGCGUGGCGGCCAGGCGCUGGGCAGCCGGCGCCGGACAGACUGUGCCCCGGCGGCUGCCCGCCGCGUCUCCCAGGCCCGGCCCCUCGCGGCGUCCGGCCGCCCGGGCCUCUCCCUGCCUGCCUGCCUUCCUGCGGCGGCCACGCGCGCAGUAAAUGCCUGAUAGACAUCUUAGAACUUUAAAAACGGAAAAGACCCGCUUUUAGGGGAUAAUGCUGAGAGACACUAUGAAAUCUUGGAAUGAGAGUCAGUCAGAUCUCUGUAGCAGUGACCAAGAAGAGGAAGAAGAAAUGAUUUUUGGUGAAAAUGAAGACGAUUUGGAAGAGAUGAUGGAUUUAAGUGAUCUGCCUACCUCACUUUUUGCUUGCAGUGUCCACGCAGCUGUGUUUGAGGUGCCAGAGCAGAAGGAGAGAUUUGAAGCGCUUUUCACCACCUAUGAUGACCAAGUUACGUUUCAGCAGUUUAAAAGCUUUAGAAGAGUCCGAAUAAAUUUCAGCAAACCUGAAGCAGCAGCGCGGGCUCGAAUAGAGCUCCACGAGACAGACUUCAAUGGCAAGAAGCUGAAGCUAUAUUUCGCACAGGUACAGAUGUCCAGCGAAACACGGGACAAAUCAUAUUUACUGCCACCCCAGCCGGUCAAACAGUUCCUCAUCUCGCCUCCUGCGUCGCCUCCGGUGGGGUGGAAGCAGGGGGAAGACGCGAUGCCUGUUAUAAAUUAUGAUUUACUCUGUGCCGUUUCCAAAUUGGGACCAGGAGAGAAAUAUGAACUUCAUGCGGGAACCGAGUCCACACCCAGCGUGGUGGUUCACGUCUGUGAAAGUGAAACUGAAGAGGAAGAAGAAACAAAAAACCCCAAACAGAAAAUCACCCAGACAAGGCGCCCCGAACCUCCGACUGCAGCACUGAGUGAGCCCCAGGACUUCGACUGCUCACUGUGAGGCUUUUGUGGUGGGGCGAGGCUGCUUCCACCUGGGCUGGGGUGGCGGGGACGUGCCCGCCCAUGACCGUGACCGCUGCUCAGCCAAGGCAAGGCCAGGAGGAAACAGAGCACUGGGAACAGGGGAGUACAGAGUAGCAGCCAGGUUUACCUGUUCAAAAAUUGAACUGAUAUUCUGAACAGCAUGUUAAAUUAAAGGAUUAGCCCCCAACAUGUGGCAACUCUUGACCAUUUUUAAACAGUAGCAAAUUAGGAGAACGGCUCCCUCCAGCAACAGUGAUUUCCUUGAUUGUGUGUAGCGUGGGGACCCCAAACAGAGAGUAUAGUCGCCAAGUGCGGUGCCAUUUUCAAGAACUAAAAAAUAGUCUUACAAUUUUAACAAUCUAGUGCAGGUAUUUUUGUAAUGGUCGCUUGGCUUCCAGCUAAUCUGUUGGUCAAGGUUAAUCACUAUUCAAUAUACAUGAAAUAUUUUGCACAGAAAGAAACCUGACAUAGAGAAUAAUUUGUAGAAAAUCAUUUUUUCUCAAGUGCUUUUUUUUCUUUAGCUUUGGGGAAGAAAUGCCCAAUUCCCUUUGACUGUCAGAAUCAAAGGGCCCAAAUCUGUGCGCACAUUGUUCUCGUCCCAAGAGUGGUACACAGACCCCAGUUCCUGAUGUGCUGUCCCUCCUGGACACAGAGCUGCUGCUUUGGAAGCGGGACAUAUCACCCGUGAGCUUGAUGACUGUGACCUCAGGUGGCCACCGCGCUCUGCCAUUUGUGACCAUGCCCUGGCCUGUAGCUCAGGCUACAACCACUGUUGUAGCCACCAGUUGAGUUUUUGUUAUACAUUUUUGUGUGUCAUCAUUCAUAGACUUUGAUUUAGAAAAGUUCAUGAUAAGAUUUUCUGAAAACCAUUUUUAAAUUGUCCAUUUAAACAUUUUUCAGUUUGCUUUGAAAGAAAAGUCACACAUGUUCUUUUUCUACGAGUUAGGGAAAGAUGCGGGCACAUGGAGAUUGUUUCAUUAGUCAGUCUUUCUUUAGGGUGAAAUUAUUUUACCCAGGCUUCCCAGUUGGCAUUUUUCCCUAAAACAGAAUUGUUUCCUACUUGUGUUUCAGAGUGUAUCAUUGAACCUGCUACAGUAGAAGCAGACAUCUUCUUAACUCUUUGCAGUCUAUUUGGACUUUGAGGUCCCUUUAGUAGAAAAGCAUCGAAACUAAGAAUGCUUUACUUCGGGUCUGGUGGCUCUGCUGAUUCUCUGCUCACUCUGGGGUUUUCUUUGUGUGGUACGUGUCUUGGGCUCCCUGGUGUGUCUGUGCAGGCACGUGUGAGUUUGGACUAAUAAACCAGUGUGGCUGCCACUACAAAGAAAGAAACAUGCAGAAAUUCAGGCCAUGCUGUCUGUACAUUUUUAGUAAUGUGUUUCUGUGGUCAAGGUGUUCUUAUUAUGGUAGAAUUUAUUUCUAAGGACUUAAACUUUAUUGCAAAAAAAAAGUUUUCUAUAUUUUCCUUGCCCUCAAAGACUCUGAGAUGAUCAACUCUUCUAUUUGUACAUAUCCACCACUGCAAAGCCUCAAUGUGAAUUCAGUCAAAAUCCGUGAUUCCUGUAAGCGGUCUAUUAAAUUCAUUAUUUGGCAGUUGAACUGGCAGCCACUUAAUAAAUAUACUUUGCAGUUCUAAAUUCAGCAUUUUACCAAUUUUUAAUCUUACCUGGGUGCCCUAACUUACCAUUGCAGAACAGACCCUGAAAGUCAGGAAAUGUAUGCAUUUUCAAUGUUCGGGAAUUUUUGUGUUUUUUUUGUUUUGGUUUGGUUUUUUUGGGCUGUGCCGUGUUGCACACGGGAUCUUAGUUCCCUGAUCAGGGAUUGAACCUGUGCUCCCUGCAGUAGAAGUACAGAGUCCUAGCCACUGGACUGCCAGGGAAUUCCCAACGUUUGGGGAUUUUUAAAUUUCCUUUUAGAUGAUAUUUAUUCACUGUAAUUUUCUAAGUGAUCAAAAGUCAUGAUGUUUUAUUAUUUGGCUCGGCUUUUAUGCUCUACCUUCCAAGGAAAGAAUAUGCUAUCUCUAGUUUAAAACUUUCUUUUAAAGUCAAGCAAUGCAAAUUACCUGCAUUUUCCUUUUUCUCUUUUCUUUUUUUUUCAGUGUUGAACAAAUUGAAGAAAAACCAAAAUUAAAUAUAUAUUAAGUAAUAUAUAUUUUAAUAUAUAAUUAUUUAAUAUAUAUUAAACUUUUCUGAAUGGAAAACAUUAAUAUUUUCAUCCUUUCCAGUACAAUAUUUCCAUAAUAUCAACUCUAAAAGAAAAACUACUAAAUAUCCAUCAACUUUUUAAUAUUGUGAAAUCAAACAGGAUCUCCCCAGAUAUUAUGAUCUGUCUUUUUUUGGCUAUUUUGUAUCCAAUUCAUGUAUCCAUCUUAUGAAAGAUGAGUCUCGACCAUCUUUUUUUAAGUACCUUUUAAUAAAUUUAUCUACACUUUUUCUUCAAGUCGAGUCAUUGCUUAGAUUUAACUGAUAGUGUAGUAGCCAUGUUUUCUUUAGAAAUCAUAACCUCUUCUUGCGAAUCAAUUUAUUUAGACAAUUGUGAGGAAAGAAGAUGAUGCUUUGGGGUUAGGAAAAACAUCAGUGAAGGAUAAGAAAAUCAUAAGACAAUAAAAAUAGUUGACAGAACCUGCAGUGCGUGGGCUCUUGUGGUCUAGGUUCUUUCAGUUUACCCACCCAAUGAAACUGGAAGUUAAUCUGUUUAACAGUGUACUCCUGUGAGCAUUUUCUAGGUUAGGUGCUAAGAGGCAGAAAUGGUAAGAACAGUUCCCUUGCCUUGGAGAGCUGAAAAUUAGGUGAAAGGAAACUAGUCUUUACAUUCUGCUUCUCCAGAAUGUUAUACACUAAAACCUAUCAGUAAUUUGCAGCCAAAUAAAAGCUAUUGGGAACUUUUAAGUUCAACAUAAAGGGUUUUUUUAAAUUGAAGUAUAGUUGAUUUACAAUGUUGUGUUAAUUUUCUCUGUACAGCAAAGCGAUUCAGUUAUACAUACAUAUUCUUUUUUAUAUUCUUUUCCAUUAUAGUUUAUCACAGGAUAUUGAGUAUAGUUUCCUGUGCUAUAUAGUAGGACCUUGUUGUUUAUAACAUAAAAGUUUAAAUAAACAUUGUGGUUUAUGCGAUGUUCAGAUCGAAGAUUCGCCAGGAGAUAGAGUCAGGCUCAGCACUUUCAUUCUAGAAUAUGGUUGCUUUUGUUUCCCAUUCACAUUAAUUCCAUCUUUUAAAAAUGUUGUGAUAUAAAGUGAUGAAAAGAUUUGAUUUCUCAGAAUCUCAGUUACAGAGCUGAAGGCGACUUUGGAAAUCAUAUAGUCUAAUCCUCAUGUUACUCAGACUAGAAAACAGGAGAUGUGACUUGCUGCAAAGCCCACAGAAGGCAGCCCAGGUUCUAGAACUGGCAGUCUGAACUCCCAGGCCAACGUUUUCUCUACUUUUUUUUGCAUUAGCCUCUUAAAGACACUCAGAGGCAGUGACUCCCAUUCAUAAGAAAAGAAACAAAAAAAAGGGGGGGGGGGAAUUCCUUUCCCCCUGAUGGGGUACAAUGAAUAAGAAAAAUCUUAUCUGAUGAAGUCAGUGACUUAGUAAUUUUAAUGAAUGAAUUUGAUGUUCCAUGUUAUGUGUUUUUGUUGUCAUUGUACCAUUGUGUUUGGAGUCUACUUAAAUAAUGUUAUCUUGGUGUAGCCAGGAAUUGUAUUGACAUUUGAUGUGGGCUUUCCUAGAUUUUCAUACUAAUGAGAUUAAAAUAUAAAUAGGCAUACUUGAGAUGUGACAUUAAUGGAGCAGAACGAGAUCUAACAUGAUUUGGAGAGAGUUUGCAGUGGAAUAGCACGCUCACUCAGUGCUCGUAAGAUGGGGUUCCGUUAAAGAUCGGAGGCUGACCUGUGCUUCGCGUUUUCAUAUAGACUCUUUUACAGACCAUGGCUUCAUUUUUAAAAUGGAAAAUCUCAAACAUUAUUAAGCAUUGGAAGAUGUACAAAAUUCUUUGGUGCAUCAGGUUCACUGUCUGCUGUAUCUCUCUCUUUUUCCAGAGCUGUGUAGUUCAUACCUGUCCUACAGGUGAGCCUGGUCAGUCUUUCCCUUCUUGGUACAUUUGCAUUUAUGUCUUCCGGUAGGAAAGGAAACAAAUUACCUGCAAUAAGUGUGACAAUAUAAAGAAACUAAAGACUUGGAGAAGUAGUUGCCUCCUAGCUGAGGAGGUAAGUUCAUGUUAUAGAACCUUACCUUUUAAAAGGUUAAAUAAAUUUAAGGAAUAAGAUUUAUGAUCCUUGUCCAACGAUUUGAUAAAUACUUGUUUUUUAAACUUCCAUUGGAGUGGGAUCAGCCAGAACAUCUUCAUUGGAAUGCCAUUGUUUUUUUUUUUAAUCAUGAAUUCAGGGGAAAGUGAAAUAAUUUGUAGAGUGUUGUUAUUGUUAACAAAUAUACAAGCAACAAAGCAACUGAAAUUUGCAACAACUCCUAGGUUCAUUGACCAAAAAAAUUAUGAAAAUGGUCAAGUUCAAGAUAGAAGUUUCCAGCCAGAGUUAAGAAGAACUAACCUUGGGCUGAGUCAAAGUGUCUGCCAUUUAAACAAAAGUUUAAAGACCUUUUACUAAAUCAGCCAUGUGGUCCAUCUUGUAAACCUACAUUUCCUUUUGAAACAAAACCACGUUCUGCCAGGCCCUCGGAACUCCCGCGUAGCUUUGAUGAACGUCCAUUCUGUCAUAAAGGAAGAUUUAUAUCUAUGCAGCUAAUAUGUGUUUUUCUGUAUUGUUUUCUAUUUCGUCCCCAAUCUUCCUAACUCAAAUGGGGCACUGAGGAGAGAUAAAGGUGGCUAAUCUUGUUAUUGUGCCAUAUUCUUCCCACUGCUUCUCAGCCCAAGUGGGGGCCCCCAUGAUUUCAUUCCUGCUGUAUUGUGCAGAUCCUCCAAUUUUAAGAAAAGUUUCUCCAGUUCUGUGUUAACUGAACCCAAGAGUUGAAUUUAUUAUUUUAUUUGUACAUGUCUGUGAUCUUGUGUUACAUUUGGGGGCACAUUACCUUUCUGGUACUAUCAAAUGUAGUGAAUAUUAUUGUACUUCAAAAAGCUGGUCAGUAAUUCACAUGUGUGUAUUCCACAUUUUAGUGUGCUUUGAAGUGGCAAUGCAUAGUUUGUAGUACUUUGUUAUUUGUCAACUUUGGCUCUUCUGUAUUUUGAGGACAUUUAAACAUUCCUUGUCCUAUAAAGGUGACAAAAGCAGAAUGGAAUUUGGGGAAGGAAACCUUUGUGAUUAAUUGUAACAGUUUUGUUUUUAAAGCUAAUAAAGUUAGUUUUUUUUCUUAAUCCUGUGAAU